GAGCCUUGGACGGUCCAACACCCACACACACACGUGUGUGUGUGUGUGUGUGUGUGUGUGUGUGUGUGUGUGUGUGUGUGUGUGUGUGUGUGUGUGUGUGUGUGUGUGUGUGUGUGUGCGCGUGUGUGUGUGUGUGUGUGUGUGUGUGUGCGUGUGUAGGUGAGAGACUUCUCGCUGGGCGAAGGCACGAAGCGUAUGCUGAACCGACGCGAGAAGCGCGGGGGGGGGCAGCCAGUUUACGGGGACGACAGCUAAAAUGGGAGCAGAGGAGAAUGAUGAUGACAACCGUGUAGCGACCACCGGAGACCCUACGAUCCGGCACUGAAGGUAGGACGGCGGCAGCCAUCCGUGGAUAUCGCCGAGCAGACAGAACCACGAAAAAAACAAAGGCAUUGAGAACGCACUGAAAUAGAGGAUCAGAGGAGGUGCCUCGCAUGCACCCGUCGUACCAACCAUGACCAGCCCCCAGCCCCCCGGCGUGAGCAGCUAUAACUCCACCCCCGGGCCCUGGGACCCGGCCCUGCCCGUGGCCGUGGCCGCCGACGUCGGGGGGGGCCCCGUCUGGCUGUCGGUGGUGAACAGCGCGGUGAAGAUGGUGCUGAUCUCGGUGAUCGUGUGUCUGUCCCUGUUCGGCAACGUGGUGGUGCUGCUGGUCUUCCAGAGGAAGCCCCAGCUGCUGCACGUGGCCAACCGCUUCGUCCUCAACCUGCUGCUGGCCGACCUGCUCCAGACCGUGCUGGUGAUGCCCUUCGCCAUCGCCGCCACCCUGCCGGGCAUGUGGCCCCUGGACGCCCGCCUCUGCCAGGGCCUGGUGGUGCUCAUGCACCUGUUUGCCUUCGCCGGCGUCAACACCAUCAUCGUGGUGUCGGUGGACCGCUACCUGGCCAUCAUCCACCCGCUGUCCUACCCCACCCGCAUGACCCCGCACCUGGGCACCAACCUGAUCGCGGCCACCUGGGUGGUGAGCCUCAUCCAGAGCACGCCGCCGCUCUACGGCUGGGGCGCCAUCGACUUCGACCGCCGCCACAACGUGUGCUCCGUCAUCUGGUCGUCCAGCCUGUCCUACUCGCUGGCCGUGUGCGUCUUCUCCUUCUGGCUGCCCGUGCUCAUCAUGCUCGGCUGCUACUGGAUGGUGUUCCGGGCGGCGCGCCGGCAGAACGCCCUGGUGCACCCCGUCCAGAGGCACUCCCCGAACCCCCAGCCGCAGGAGGCCCCCCCGCCACCGGUCCAGGGGCCCGGGUCGGACGCGGCGCCGGUCGCCGCCCCGCCGCCGCCGCCGCCCCCUGGGUACCAGGUGCGGGUGCGGCACCGACGCUUCCACUACCACUGCAAGGCGGCGCGGGUGGUGUUUGUGAUCAUGGCGUCGUACAUCGUGAGCAUGGGCCCCUACAGCGUGCUCAACACCGUGUCCUCGCGCUCGGGGGCCGCCGUGCCCCCCUGGCUGUCCUCGCUGGCGCUGGUGCUGUUCUUCGUGCAGUGCUGCCUCCACCCGUACAUCUACGGCUACAUGCACCGCAGCGUGAGGAAGGAGUUCCUGGCCCUGCUGUGCGGGCCCCUGUGCAGGCAGGGGGCCCCCAACCAGAUCUCCGCCAUGGAGAGCUGCCGGACGGCCGCCGACGGGCGCUCCGGCCCCCAGGGGGGCCUGGUCCCCGGCCUGGCCAAGCGCGUCUUCCCCCUGCACACGUGGGAGGAGGUGACCACGUCCUCCUCCCCCACCUUGGACAGGAGGUCGAGGGACAGCCGCAAGGAGACCACCUCCGUCAGCCUGAGCCCGGAGAGGGAGGUCCCUGUGGGGACCGCCUGAAGCUACGACCUGCAGCUCGGACUCUCGCUCCCAACCAUCAGGAUAUACGUGUCAUGUUGUUGUGUUUCGUUUUGUUUGUACAUUUUUAGUUGCCUGUUAUUGAGGCGGUUGUGAGAAGAAGAAAAAAGAACAGAACAUGAAAGAGCGCGUCUCAAUGGUCUACUGUUCAAUUUGUCGUAGUUGAUGUGUUAUGUAUAUCAUUUUUGCGGGCCAAUGUGUGUCCUCAUGACAGUUCUCUAUUUAAAUCAAUGUUUUGUAUAUUUUCAUAUAGAUGCAGUCGUAAUCGGUUAUCGAUUGAACCAGCCAUGCAUAGGUCUGUUACCUUUAUAUGUUGCAGUGUUGUUGAAAUCCAGGCUCACGUUUACGUUGUGAAAAGAUUUUGCUGUAAAUAUGGGCCUUUCUGCUAAAGUAGAGAUUUUCGGGGAUUAUCGUCUGCUAUGAUUUGAUAAUCAUUGACUCGUCUGCCGAGGUUCAGAGAUGACAUCUGCCUUGUCACCUCUGAAUCUCAGCUAUCUUCAUCACAGAUAUCAUCUCUCUUUGUGUCAGUGAAAGCAAGCAAACUUGUAAAGCAUAUAAACUCAGGGUAUUAAUGUUCAAAUGUUGAGUGGCCAUGUUUUUAAGCAUAUUCUGAAAUGUGUCAGUCACACUGCCGUGUUUGUUACAUCCAUUCUUAUUUUUUUGUUUUUUUUUACCCAAACAAAUGUGGAAGGUGGAAAACAUCUAUCUGAGCAAACAGGAAAUUUUAGAAAUUUGCCUUAGUCAUUCUCAAAAGGAGGGGUAAGAUGUGCCUCAUCUGUGACAACGCCAUGGUCAACCCUAAGAACAAUGGCCGCCUUCAAAAGAAUACACUGACAAUGACCACAAGUGCAUUGAAAAUUACGCCAAAAGAAACAAAAAAAUGAAACCACACAAGUCCAACUAGUCAUUUGUGAAAUCGGCAUGCAGUUGGAUGUUUUUCUUAAAACAAAUAGAUUUCCAUGCCAUAAUGAAUCUCUUUGAAGACAUAUGGCAAAAUAUACCUCAUACCUGUUUUCUAUUUUGCAUCAAACCAGAGUUUUGAUAGUGUUGUGUACCCUCACAUAUAUAACGGACUGAUUUCUGAUGUACAGUACAUACCAUUACCUCAAGGCCCAUUUGAGAAAAAGGCAAUCUAUUGAACUGAAGUGGUAGAAGGCAUGGUCGCCUUAUCUUUUGAUUAGAGCUAAGUGCUGUACCCUGAUUGAAGGUCUGUUAAGGUAGAGGGA